AACACAACAAGUACAUUAACCCUGAAAAAAAGGAGGAUUGACCUUGAGCUUCUUAAAAGUCGAACUGGAUAAUUGCGGUCAAGACAAAGUAUUUAUUACUAGAAGUAUCGAACAAUGACUAAGUCAUAUGCAACAUAAAAGUGUAGAAAUAUACAUUUAGUAAUUGUAGGAGUGAAUUAUUUUAGUUAUUUACCAUCACCCAAGGCUCAUUGUGAAGUUUAUCUAACGAGGUCAAUGGUUUAUUGAUAAAGAUUCUUAUCAAGAAAAAAUAAAAUUAUAUACAUUGCGAGCACACACCUUUUUAGUUUAGUUCAAGUUUGGACUCCAAUUUGAAAAGAUGAGGUUAGUUAUUUUGGAUACUGCUGCUGCUGUAGCCGAAUGGGCUGCGAAAUAUGUUAUGAAAAGGAUUAACGACUUUAAACCAGGACCAAAUAAUUACUUUGUGUUGGGUUUACCAACAGGUAGCACUCCUUUUGGGAUGUAUCAAAAAUUAAUUGAAUACUUCAAAAAUGGACAAGUUUCUUUUAAGUAUGUAAAAACCUUUAAUAUGGAUGAAUACGUAAACAUUCCUAGAGAGCACCCGGAAAGCUAUCAUUAUUACAUGUGGAACAAUUUUUUUAAACAUAUCGAUAUUGAACCACAAAACGCUCAUAUUUUGGAUGGAAACGCCCCUGAUUUAGUUGAAGAGUGCAAUAAGUAUGAAGAAGAAAUUUCCAAAGCUGGAGGAAUUGAAUUAUUUAUAGGAGGUAUUGGUCCUGAUGGCCACAUCGCUUUUAACGAACCUGGAUCAUCAUUGGUAUCCCGUACAAGAGUAAAAACCUUAGCACAAGAUACUUUAGAAGCGAAUGCACGGUUUUUUGGAAACGAUAUCAGCAAAGUUCCUAAACAAGCUUUAACUGUAGGAGUUGGAACUGUAAUGGAUGCAAAAGAGGUUAUGAUAUUAAUAACAGGGACUCAUAAAGCUUUUGCUUUAUAUAAAGCAAUAGAAGAAGGUGUUAACCAUAUGUGGACUGUCUCAGCAUUCCAACAACACCCUCAUACUCUAAUGUUAUGUGAUGAAGAUGCAACUUUAGAACUUAGAGUAAAAACUGUGAAAUAUUUCAAGGCUCUAAGUAACGUGCACCACAAGUUAAUUGAAGAAGAUCAACCUAUCGAGCAGUUUUGGAGAAUUCAUUAAGAUUUCUUAAAAUCCCUUUUAUGAGCUUAUUUGCACUACAUAAUCAAUUGGUGGAAUAAAAAACUAUCCUAAGUACAUUAAUCAUUAAGAUAAAGUGUAUUAAAAUUGUAUUGCGUUUUAUAUUAUGUUUUUACAUAUAAUUAUUAAAAUAAU